AUGACCCUGCGGCGGCUGCGGCGGCUCCGGCCGAAGGACGAGGAUGCGGCGGCGGCCCCGGAGCGACCCGAACCCGCCGAUGUCUACCGGGCGCUGGCGGCCGCCGGCGGUACCCUUCCCCGGGUGCGCAAGGGCACGGGGCUCAGGUGGGCGUCCCCGAGCCAGUCCCCGGAGGAGCACAGGAAGGUGGUGACGCUGGAGAAGAAGGCAGAAGAGACCUUUGGCUUCGAGAUCCAGACCUAUGGGCUGCACCACCAGGACAGGAACAGUGUGGAGAUGUUCACCUUCGUGUGCCGGGUGCACGGCGGGAGCCCGGCUGAGGCAGCGGGACUCAGGGCCGGGGACACAAUCACAGGGGUGAACGGGCUCAACGUGGAGGGCGUCCGGCAUCGGGAGAUCGUGGAGAUCAUCAAGAGCUCGGGCAACGUGCUGUGCCUCGACACGCUCUAUGGGACGUCCAUCCGGAGGGCUGAGCUGGAGGCUCGGCUGCAGUACCUGAAGCAAACGCUCCAUGAGAAGUGGGGCGAGUACCGCUCGCUGAUGGUGCAGGAGCAGCGGCUGGUGCGGGGCGUGGUGGCCAAGGACCCCAACAUCUACGCCACGCUGGAGUCCAUCCGCUGGUGCCUGCAGGGUGAGGGGGGGCUGCCCAGCACCUCCCCCAGCGCCGGCGGCAGCGACGACUCCCUCUACCAAACGUGUCUGUUCGCCUCCGCCGACUCCCUGCACAAGGACAAGGACAAGGACGCCGGGGGUCCCGCGCCCCCCCCGCCACGACCCCGGCCGGCCUUGUCCCGCAGCGCCAGCCUCAAGUGCGGGGGGGGGGCCGGGGGCAGCGGGGCGGCUGUGGGCGCGGGCGGGGACCCCGGGGAGGGGGCGGCCGCCCCCCGCAAGGGGCGACACAGCAGCUUCCGACAGAGGCUGCUCAAGUUCAUCCCAGGACUGAACCGGGCGCUGGAGGAGGAGGAGAGUCACCUCUGACAGGGGCCGUCCCCCAGCCCCCCCGGGCCUAUUUAUUUAUUUAUUGUGAGGGGCUGUGUGCCCCCCCCCUCCCCCAGCUCCCCGGGGGCCACUGGAA